GGGGGGCCAAGGGACCCGGAAGUUGUUACGAGGUCGACGGAGACGCUGGAGUCUGAGUUGUCUGCGAUUGUUUUUCUUCGGAGACGCGGCUGUCUGAGUUGUCUGGGGUUGUUUUGCCACGUUCGCUCGUCCUGCCGGCGCCGCCGCUGCCACCGACGCCAUGGGGAAGCGACAGCACCAGAAAGACAAGAUGUACAUCACCUGCGCAGAAUAUACUCACUUCUAUGGUGGCAAGAAACCAGAUAUCCCACAAACAAAUUUUCGCCGCUUACCUUUUGACCACUGCAGUCUCUCUCUGCAGCCCUUCGCCUACCCGGUCUGCACUCCUGAAGGCAUCGUCUUUGACUUGCUAAACAUCGUUCCUUGGCUGAAGAAGUACGGGACCAACCCCAGCAACGGAGAGAAACUGGAUGGGAGGUCGCUGAUCAAACUGAACUUUGCAAAGAACAGUGAAGGGAAGUACCACUGCCCGGUGCUCUUCACUGUGUUCACCAAUAACAGUCACAUCGUGGCCAUCAAGACCACUGGCAAUGUCUACGCCCAUGAGGCAGUGGAGCAGCUAAACAUCAAGGCCAAGAACUUCCGAGACCUGCUGACCGACGAGCCUUUCUCCCGGCAGGAUAUCAUCACCCUCCAGGACCCCACCAAUUUGGACAAAUUCAAUGUCUCCAACUUCUUCCAUGUGAAGAAUAACAUGAAAAUAGUAGACCCAGAUGAAGAAAAGGCCAAGCAGGACCCAUCUUAUUAUUUGAAAAACACAAACACGGAGACACGAGAGACGCUGCAGGAGCUCUACAAGGCAUUCCAAGGGGACGAGGUGCUGGCGGCUACCAUGAGGGUCCCUGAGAAGACGAAGGUGGACAAGCUCAAUGCAGCCCACUACUCUACCGGGAAGGUCAGCGCCUCCUUCACCUCCACUGCAAUGGUUCCCGAGACCACGCAUGAAGCAGCCGCCAUCGAUGAGGACGUAUUGCGCUACCAGUUCGUGAAGAAGAAGGGCUAUGUGCGGCUGCACACCAGCCAUGGGGACCUCAACCUGGAGCUUCACUGUGACCUGACACCAAAAACCUGUGAGAAUUUCAUCAAGCUCUGCAAGAAGCAGUAUUAUGAUGGCACAGUCUUCCACAGGUCCAUCCGGAAUUUUGUGAUCCAGGGGGGUGACCCCACAGGCACAGGCACAGGCGGGGAGUCCUACUGGGGAAAGCCCUUCAAAGACGAGUUCCGGCCCAACCUCUCACACACAGGCCGAGGGAUCCUCAGCAUGGCCAACUCAGGGCCCAACACCAACAAGUCUCAGUUCUUCAUUACCUUCCGCUCCUGCGCGUACCUGGACAAGAAGCACACCAUCUUUGGGCGGGUCGUUGGAGGCUUUGACACACUGACAGCCAUGGAGAAUGUGGAGAGCGACCCCAAAACUGACCGCCCCAAGGAGGAGAUUCGCAUCGACUCCACCACAGUGUUUGUGGAUCCCUACGAGGAGGCUGACGCUCAGAUUGCUGAGGAGCGGAAGAAGACGCAGCUGGAGGCAGAGGCCCCAGAGAGCACAGCCAAGCCAAGCCAGCCCAAGCAGGGGAGCCAGGGUCCCCAGACGUACCGCCAGGGGGUGGGCAAGUACAUCAGCCCAGCGGUCACGAAACGGGUAGCAGAGGAAGAAGCAUCAACCAGUGCAGCUGCCCCAGGGGCCAAGAAGAGGCCCAGCCGAGGCUUCGGGGACUUCAGCUCAUGGUAACAACGGGCCUGCAGCUUGGGAUCCUGGGAUGUCCUGUCCGCUUGGUGUGUCCUUCAACCAGCAGUAUCACCUGGGACCUGGUUAGAGAUUCGGGGGCAGGACUCCUGACACCGAUCAAGCCAGAGGACCCUGGACUAGAGCUUUGAUGUUUCUUUCAAAAACUUUUUCUGCUGCCUCUUGCUUAGGCUCACUGGGUUUUCCCAGCUCAUCCAGCAAGGGUCACGGGCCCUCAGCCUGGGCUCCCCUCUGCCUUGGUCUGGAGGGCAAGGCCAGCCAGCUCCCAGGCCCCAAGCUGCUGUGUCUUCACCCAGCUCUCUCCAUCUCAGGGCCCGGCCUUGUGCUCCAGCGCUGAUCCACCCGCCUGCUCGGGCUUCCUGGGUGCCACGCCAGCGUUUUCCCAUCUUUCUAUUAAAGAUCUUCAUAAAGCCUGGCCAUCCUGUUCCCUUCAUUCUGCAGGCUUCUGACCUGACACCGCUACCUCAAUUUUCCAGAAGUACCUGCAGGAGCUCGGGGACAGCUGCCUCCUCCCAGGACCCCAUCUCUCUCUGCUGCGAGGCCCAUAGGCACUGCCACCCCUUACCUGCUCCCAGUGCCCGUGUCCUAGGCCAGCACAGCUGCCACCCCCCAUUUCUUUCCUUCCCUCCUCGUCCCAAAGCUCACAGGAGCAGGUCAUGACAGCUCUUACUUCUAGAAUGUACCAGGCCUCCUCCCAUCUCACUUCCCUUCUUCGAGCCUGGCGUGCACCUCCACACUGAUAACAGCAUCUUCCCCACUCGGGUAGGCCCCCACCCAUGACUCAGCUGGGGACCACCCCACCUCCCCUCCCAGCUACAAAUUGAUAACACACGUGUGUGAGGCUUACCCACGGUUCUGCAUCAGACCUGGGUGUGCAGGGAGGAGACGCUGGACUGGGCAUGGUGACAGCCAGUGUAAAUGCCACUAGGGGGCGCCUCCUUGGGGCUCGUGGACCCCUGGGGCAGGUGGUCUUAUCCCUCAGACUGGUGACGCUACUGACCAGGAGACGUUGGGUGCCAGAAGCUUUAUUUUUGAACCUCACACAGAUGACAGAGGGCUGGACAUGGGACGAGGGCAGCUUUUCGCAUGGGCUCCACAGACCCGCUCGGCAGGCAAGCCUUCUAGCUGGCCUGGGCUUCUGUCCCUCCAUCUGUCCAGCGGCUGUGCCCACCUGCCCUGAGGGAAGUCCGGCCCCCCUGGGCAGCAGGCCCAUAGUGCUGCUCACAGUGGGAGGACAGGCCUGCCCAGAGCCUUUGCCUUUACAUUUCUGUAGGUUGGUGUAUAACUGAGAUUAGUUUUCUAGAUACUGAAAAUGCUCAGAUUUUGUAAGUCCCUGGUGAGGUCAUCAGGUAAAUUAAAGGACUUUUGAAACAAUUCCCAUUUCUGAUCCUUUCUAAUAUAUCUGACAGAUGCCAUCAAGAGUAAGUGUUAAAGUAUAAAAAUACUAUAUAUAUAUUGUAUAAAACAGCAACAGAACUAAGUUACAUUUCUAAAGCAGAUGUAUUGUGCAGAGGACACUACAUAGUGUAACAAAUGCAUUUAUAAUCCUGGCAUCACCUCCCACUCUUUUCAAGGAAAAAAUAUCUUAAAUAAUUUAAAUAAAAGCCGUGGGGUAGUAUUUACCGUUUAGGAAUUUAAGAGGGUGGAACAUCCCAGCACUUUGCUAGCACAUCUGGCUGUGGUCUCAUGAGUACCCUUCCUGGAAGCCUGCUCACGGUCAAUUCAUUUGGUUUCAAAUGGAGCUUGGAUUUUGCAGAAGAUCAACAAAAAAAGUGGUAAGAGUUUCUGUUGGUGUCAAUUAUGAAAACACAAAAGUAACCAUGGACCACUGAUAGAAAUGCUUCAGUGCCACCACCGAGAUGGUACAAAACCAAAGUGCUCAAGUCAGAGGAGCAGUGACUGUGCCCAGAACAUACAAAAGCUAUAAAUCUGAGUAUGUACAGAGAUCGGGCAGAGGAACUGGAGAUUCCUUGGGGUCUGAGAGCAUCUUUCGGGGGAGCAUGCUGGCCACAGGCCAAGGCUCAGGGAGGAGCCCAGCGAGAAGGGAGACGCCAGCUCAGAAACUCAUAUUCACUCCUCCAGACAGGUGCAGGCCAGGCCUUCAAGGGUUCACUGAGGACCAGGCUGAGGGUGGCUGCUGUUUCCUGGGGCCCUAGAUCUGAAGCCUCCUGGGUGACAGGGCCCAGCUCACAGGGCAGCAGAGCUCCUGCAGCUGGAGGCCUAGCUGGGCUGAGCACUUCCUCGGCACCUCGAAAUGCAUCCAGGCCUGCUGGGCACAGCAUGGACAACCCUGCACUCAGGACAGCCAGGCUGCGAGUCGUAGAUGGAGUGCCAAAGGGAAGCCUAGGUGAGUGGCUGGGCCAGACCCCCAGGAUCCUGAUGUACCAGCGGGGACUUGGGACCCAGGGUAGGCUGGGGUCGGGGAGGGGCCUUUUCUGACCGGUUGACAGUGCCUGCUCCAUCCCCAACUAGCUCCAGCUUGUGGCCAUGGGACCAGCUUUGUCUAAGGGAGCUUCAGAGCUGGCCCGCUGCCCUCCUCUUUCCCUGUCCCUGGCUCUUCCUGUCCCUUGGCCUGGGGUCCCGGGGUCUCAUGCCACAGUGACGACACUGAAGACCCCAAGACGCCAAGAGUGGCGGGCCAGGUUGACACUGAAAACCAAAAUUAGGAAUGCUUUUUGGCCUCCCUUCUCUGCAAAAUGCCAAAACCCCUGUGCAGUGCCCACGCCCUGCUGAGGCAUGGGUGGGUCGGAACUUGAAUGUGAGGCAAAAAUGCAGGACUUGGGAGGCUGCUGGACCCCAUCUGUCAGCUGACGGGACAAAAUGUCUUCAGAGCUUAAACCUGUCUUGCAACUUAUCCUUUUCUGAAAAACUUUUCAAACAAACUGGCAAAUCUUAAGUUUGUGAGUUUGUCCUGUUUUGGCCUCUUUCAUAUGC